GCAGGUCACACACCAAGAUUAAUCAAUGGCAGCGGCAGCCUCGCUGUGGCUGCAGCUCCCUGCCCCUCCUGCUGCCGCCGCCGUCCACACCCUCUCCUUUCCAGGCACCAUCGGCUCUUCUUCUUCUCUGGCCUGCAAGAAGCAUCAUUCACAGGUGCCUAGAGGGAGCAUUCUCUGCAGCAGCAGCAGCAGCAGUGGCUCCUCUAGUUCUGCUGCUUCUGCUGUGACCAAGGAGCAGGAGGCAGUGGCUGCUGCUGCUACUGCUUCCCAGGAAGAAGAAGCAGCAGCAGCAGCAGUGGUAGUUCCUGAGCCUGAAUUUGUCAGCUACAGGGAUGACCCCAACUUCAGGGGAUGCAGAGGGUGCGGGCGGGAGGAGGUGGAGAGGGGCUGCAACGGCGAGGGGCGGAUCCAGGGCGGCAUAGCCACCGUGCCGGGCUUCGGGUGGUGGCCGAUCAAGGCGUACCGGCCGUGCCCCGGCUUCGUCGCCUCCGGCGGCCGGUACCGGCGGCAGGGGCAGAGCAUGGACGACGUGGCGUCCGGCAGGGGGAAGAAGGUCUCCUCCAAGACGAAACAAAAGUGAGAGCUAAGACUGAGAGGUGAUCCAAUCCAAGAAAUUUCAAGUCUGGAAAUGUAAGCAAUUUUGUCUGACGUGAUCAAGGAGAAG